GAUGGUUAGCAUCUUCCUUUGCCUUUGGGUGCUACUCCAGGUGCCUUUGACAGUGCAAAACGUUUCAUCGACAUUGUGUUUGUUGGGGAGAAAACUUACAAACAUACAGUACAGCUGUCACACUGCUAGUGAUCAAAGAUUUAUGUAAAUAUAAAAAGCUGAACACAUUCUGUACUGUAGAGGAGACACAGCAUGAGAUUGAGUGACAAUAGUCUACAGCCAACCAGGACGCAGAACACAAUGCGCUGUAAAAAAAAAACAAAAAAAAGAAAAAAAAGAAAAAGGAUGCAAAAUUGCCACAAAAAAAAAAUCUGCGAAAACAGCGAGGCAGUGAAAGGUGAAUAUAUAUACAUACAUAUGUAUCAAUGAUACAGCAGCAGCCUUGGCUGCUUGGAUGCAUUGCCCUGUCACACACUUCUGUACUGUUGAGAGAAUAAGACUAGUAGAAAGAAAGUCUAUGGGCACCCAAACAGACUCAGGAGUGCACAAAUAUCAGCCCUAAGGACUGACAAGAAGUCACUGCCAGUGGUGGGAAACAAACAUAAAGGCAGUAAAUGAGGGUUUUUCAAACCAUUAAUUUCUUUUAUUCUAAUACUUUUUGUAUACUGUAUGUCAGAAAAUGCACUUCAAAGCACUAACCUAAUGGAAAGUGUUGACUGCAACAAACAUAUAGCACAAAAACCAUAGAAAGUUUUAAAUAGUCAGGACAAGCAAAGGAAGCAGUGCUUGUAAAUUCUCCCUGCUUGCCCUGAUAUAAUAGUCACAGGAUGACACUUGUUUUAAACAUUUGCCUGAUGCUAGAAUAAAAGCCACUGAGCCUUUGAAAGAAAAAAAGGUUCAUUAUAAAGUAACCUUCUGAAUAGAGUAGGUGUAGUAUUAUUUCACCUCAGAGUCAUCUAACGCUACAUUUAAUUUUUUGUGUGUAAACAAAACACUGAAUCAUUAUUCAAUAUCAACAAAUGACACUAAACAGUUCUCUCAGCUCUCCAUGGCAUUUGAAGAUCUAUUAGUUUGUUGUUUUCAUUUUACAACUACAAACUUCACUUUGUUGCCUGAAGCAACUGGAGACCUUCCAGUAGUGAAAAGGCUCUGUAACACUCAGAACUAAUGAUAAAUAAUGGAAGCAUUUAAACAUAGUGAGCCAGGUCUCAGUGCAGACAAACACACCCACAGACAUGACUUCAAAUUGUUUGUUUGUCAAUUUAUUUAGAUCAUGGUAACAAUAUACAGAAGUUCAUUUAGCAAAGAAAAAAAGAAAAAAAAAAUGCUGAAAAGGAGCGGGAAGAAAAUUUCAAUAUUUCAGACUACAAGAAUAUUGAGUUUGUAUGAUCCUGAUAACCUGCAUUAUGGAUGAUGCGAACUGCUUUUUUUUAGAGUAAAAAGUGAAUAUAAUGCACUUUUAUAGUUAUUGCCUCAGACCUCUGCACAAUAGCUUAAGUAAGAUGAAAAACCAGUCAACAGUAGAGAUUAUGAAGCGAUGUCCAGUCUAACACUUGCUUUGUCUUGUUUAGUAUUGCAAUGCUUCGUGAUACUUUGUAAUGAACAUAUCUUAUGUGAGCUCUCUAGUUGAGGUUUCCUGUAUUAUAAACCCAAGAAAAGUAUUUUCACUGAAUCGUUCAAUAUGAACACCAUUUAUUUGAAUCCUUUCAUUUGUACUUAAACUGUUAUUUCCAAACAACACAUAACAUAUAGUUUUAUAUAUAUGGACACAGUAAUUACUUUUCUUUAAAUUACUUUCAAAAACAUUAAAGGAAUAUAUUAUAAUGAGUUAUAAUUGUGAGGCAUUUAUAAAUUGUAUCAUGAAACUGUCAUUAAGCCUAAUGGUGUCCAGUCGUAAUAUAGCAAAUCUUUCAGAGCACAUGCUCACUGAUCAUAAUCACUUCUAGUUGCACAUAUGGCCCUUCUUCUCCUUCUCUCUAUGUUGCUGCAUUAUCACCAUUAUUGUUGUCCUCAUAUUUAAUGAACUAGUUUGUACAUCAUUUGUCUGAUAGGCUUUUGUCAGGCAGGGCAAAUAUUUAAUAAUUAUUUUUAUUUUAUUUUAUAACAUUUACAUCAUAUAUUACAUACAUAUUAUUGAUAAUGCACUAUACUGGAAGGGGUCGAGGGUACUCUUAUGUAUUAUAAUACACUACAAUAAUGCACUUCUGCUGUACUCUUUCUUUUCUUCUUUCUCUCAUCUUUCUUUCCUAUUUUAUCUCUUCUGCAGACAUUACUUGGGUAAUUUAGAUCUGGAGCAGGUACAGGUGUGGGACAGUAGGCUGGAUUACUCAUCUCGUCCUCUCAAAUAAACUCAGCAUCAAAGUCACUAGUCCACUAGGGCCUUUUAGGGUUGGCGUGCAUUGUGUCAGCUAUCUCUUAUUGGGUCUGUGGGCAAAACUGCAUAAAUUGAUCUAAAUAACAGCAGUGAAAUCAUGGAAUAGAACAGAAUAAUCACUAAAGGUUUAAUUAUUAAACAGUGUAUGUCAGCCAAUACUGACCUACUGUCAAUUCUACAUUUUGAAGUUAUAAUCCACCAAGCAUUGCUGAAACCUGACUUCAUCACCAUCCUAUUGCGAAGGAGGGAUUUGUGUCUUCCAGUGAUCUAAGGGGGUAUGCUGGUUUGGUCCCUCAUGGAAAAUUGAUCCUGGAUAAGGAAGAAUGAGUCAGGUGACCCUAUGAAGAAAGGAAAGACGAGGAACCGCUUCACCCUGCCCAAGCAUGGUGGGCAGGACCCAGUCAAUGCUCAUUAAACAUAGAAAUGUGUGACUCGGAGGAACAGCCUGCACGAUCUGAACCCAGUGGUAUCCCAGUGUGAUUGGACUUCAGUGUCAACCACAGUCUGUCCCUAACAAACACCAACUUCAAGCAUAAAGGUGCACGUGGCACCAGGACACCCCACAGGUCACAGAUAAAUCAUUGAUUUUGUGAAUGCUUCCUGACUACGCCUGCAUUUGUUCGGGAGGAGUUUAGGAGAGGACCCCGCGACAUAUGGUGUCAGAAGUGGGAUGGCUAGUCGAGGCUGAGGACUGUUUCUCCUCCCACUGCUCAGCUGCCUUCAGAUUUUGCUGGUCAGGAAAGCCCAGCCCAAGCACCAGCUGGAGCAAGCACCACAGCAGCAACGGCCACACCAAGCACCGCAACCGCAAGCAGCCCCAGAAUGGUACUGCCCACUCCUGCACGCCAAAGAGGAUGCCGGGAUCGCCCAGAGGAGGUUCCCUCUCGUCCGUCACAAGUAGUGACCAACAGACUCGACCAGCCAGUCUCAGAGUGGAUGCGAUCUGCUGGGCCAAAAAUUCCACCCUAUCAGUUGGGGGAAGACAUUGAGAACUAUUUAUUGCGUUUUGAGCGAGUUGCCAAAACCUGGAGAUGGCCAGUGAGUGAAUGGGCCUGUCGUCUGGUUCCACUGCUAUCGGGGAAGGCGUUGGAGGCCUACACUGCAAUGGAUGAAGAAAGAGCCCAUCAUUAUGAAGAUUUAAAAGCUGCGUUGCUAACCAAAUUUGACAUUUCCCCUGAGACGUAUCGGCAGAAGUUCCGGUCCAAUACAGUUCCACCUGGGGAGAGCCCCACUGAGAACUAUUAUCACCUGAAGGGCCUCUAUCAGCACUGGAUUCGACCAGAGCAGCAUACUAAAGAAGAGAUGGGAGAAGCUAUCAUCUUGGAGCAGUUAAUCCGGGUACUUCCAGGGGAGGUGAGGACCUGGGUGAGGGAGCAUGAGCCAGCAGAUGGAUUGACCGCUGCUAAGCUGGUGUCACAGUACUUCAAUGCGCGUAAAGGAGCCCCACCUGCACGCUCAUCUGGGAUGCCACAGCGACCACCACUUCCAUCAUCGGGUCUUCUGAAGAGGGAGAGCAACCCAGAGCCACCAGAAAACCCCAGGGCAUCAAACUUACGAGCAGCGGGUAAGGACUUUCUUUGUUAUUAUUGCCAGCAUCCAGGUCAUAAAGCCUCGGUAUGCCCUAUCCGGAAGGCUAAAGUCACUGGUGCCUGCUAUGCACCCCGGCUGGAGAUGGAGCCCACAGGGGUCCAGCUAGUGGAUGUGCAACGCUAUAAAAAAGUAAAGGUCAAUGGUCAGCAGGCUACUGCUUUGCUGGACACUGGUAGUUUUAUGUCUUUGAUUAAGCAUAGUUUGGUACCAGUGAACAGUGUGGACUAUAGCAGACAGGAAGAAGUUUUAUGUGUGCAUGGUGAUAAACAUCCAUACCCAAAAGUGGAGGUAACAGUGACUAUUAAUGAACAGCCCUACCUGUUGUCAGUUGGGGUGGUACAGAACUUCCCUGUAGAGGUUAUUCUGGGGAUGGACUUGCCUGUACUCAUGGACUUGCUGCAAGAAAAAGAAGAACAGUGGAAAGAGACUGAUGUGGGGGAUAAGGGGAAUGCUAAAUUAAAUGUGUCUGGCCCAGUGGUCACUAGAGCCCAGGCGAAGGCUGGAUGCCAACCCUUGCCAGACUUUGACAGUAGUCUGUGUGAGGGUGGCACUAAUGGGCCAAGAAAAUCCCGUCGCCAACGCCGCUUUGAGAAGCAGCUAUGGUCAAAGGGGCCAGACACUAAAAGCAUAAAAUGGGAUGUACCAGAAAAUAUCACUUUGUUGCAAAGGGAGUAUGAAACGUUGAAAGUUUUGUUUGCUAAUGUGACUGAAGGGGGAACUGGAAAAUGGGGAGGGAAAGAGAAGUUCAUUGUUGACAAAAAUGUGUUGUAUGCAGUUGACGGUGACCACCAACGGCUUGUGAUACCUUCUAGUUGUAGACUCCUCAUUAUGCACCUAGCACAUACCCUUCCCUGGGCAGGUCAUCUGGGUCGCCAAAAAACCUAUAUGCGAGUUAGCUCACGUUUCUUUUGGUCGUCAAUGUACACAGACAUACAAAAAUAUUGCCGUACCUGCCCUACUUGCCAGAAAACUUGUCCAGCCCGCAAGUCUGACAGGGCCCUGCUACAGCCACUUCCUGUCAUCUCCACCCCCUUCCGUAGAAUAGCUAUGGACAUUGUGGGUCCUCUGGUAAAAAGUAGUCUGCGUCAUCAGUACAUGUUGGUGGUGUGUGAUUAUGCGACUCGUUUCCCAGAAGCUUUCCCUCUGCGUGCGGUCACGGCACCCAAUGUUCUGCGUGCACUGGUACAGCUGUUCUCCCGGGUGGGGAUACCAGAUGAGAUUUUGACAGACCAAGGGACUAACUUUACCUCUAGGUUGAUGCAGCUCUUCCACAACCAGCUAGGCAUCUCUGCCAUCAGGACGUCACCCUACCAUCCACAGACAGAUGGGUUGGUGGAGAGGUUCAACCAAACUUUGAAGAGGAUGCUGCAGAAGUUUGUGUCAGACACUGGGAAAGACUGGGACCAGUGGCUGCCCUUCCUGCUGUUUGCGUACAGAGAGGUUCCCCAGGCUUCCACUGGUUUCUCACCAUUCGAGCUACUCUAUGGUUGGGAUGUGCAGGGGCCAUUGGAUCUCCUCCGGAAGGGUUGGGAGUCUCCUGCUUCUGCUCCAAAUGAUAAAGGGGUGGUGCAAUUUGUGCUGGAAAUGAGAGAUCGGUUGGGAAGAUACCAUGAAGAUGCCGAGGUCAACCUGCGAGACGCUCAAAGAAGUCAGAAGACCAACAGGCCCGGCAACGUGAAUUUCAACCUGGUCAAAAGGUGUUGUUACUUCUCCCCUCAGCCAACAGUAAACUUCUGGCGAAAUGGCAAGGGCCAUACACAGUUCUUCGCAGAAUGGGGCCAGUGACCUAUGAGAUUCAUCAUCCUGAAAAGAAGAAACCAAAGCAGACUUACCAUGUGAAUCUCCUGAAAGAAUGGAAAGAGCGUGCCCACCAGGCCCCUGCAAAAGCUCUGAUGGCAAGAGAAGUGCCAAGAGAAGGGAAGACAGAACCCGAGCAGGGAUCCGAUCCAAUGUCUCCGGUGCUGACUCAUCUUACCCCACAGCAGGCUGCUGAGCUACUCCAAAUCCUUCGGGAGACUCCAUCUCUGUGUUCAGUUAACCCCGGCAGGACCACCCCUGUCGAACAUGUGAUACGCCUAAAGGAUGGACAUCCCAUCCGCCAACGUCCAUACCGGGUUCCACAGCACUUAGUGGAUAAACUGCGACAGGAGGUGGAGAAGAUGCUGGAGCUUGGGGUGAUAGAGCUGUCCUGCUCAGAGUGGUGUAGCCCGGUGGUCAUCAUCUUCAAGAAAGAUGGCUCACUACGCAUCUGCAUUGAUUUCCGGAAGCUUAAUUCCAUUUCAGAGUUUGAUGCCUACCCCAUGCCUUGAAUUGAGGAUUUGCUGGAGAAGAUCGGAGCGGCCAGGUACAUCACCACCCUGGAUCUGUGCAAAGGUUACUGGCAAGUGCCACUGGAGGAGUCUUCUCGACCGUACACUGCCUUCAGGACACCUGCCGGCCUGUUCCAGUUCACGGUGAUGCCAUUUGGGCUACAUGGGGCACCGACCACCUUCCAAAGGCUGAUGGACAAAUUACUACAGGGGUGUGACCCCUAUAGUGCUGCCUACCUGGAUGAUGUAGUGAUCUUCAGCAACACCUGGGAAGAGCAUCUGCAGCACUUGUCCGAAGUCCUGGGAAGAAUCCAUAAGGCAGGGUUGACCCUCAACCCCUCUAAAUGUGAGUGGGCACGGCAGGAGACCCGCUACCUUGGCUACCAAGUGGGCACAGGUGAGGUGCGCCUGCAGAUGGAUAAAGUGGAAGCUAUCCAGAACUGCCCUCGGCCUCGCACCAAAAAGGAAGUCUGGUCUUUCCUGGGGCUGGUUGGUACCGAAGAUUUGUGCCCCAGUUUGCAACUAUUGCGGCCCCUCUUACUGCUUUGACCAGCAAGGACCAACGGAAUCCUGUAACAUGGACAGCGGAAUGUGAACAAGCUUUCAAAAGGCUGAAAACCUGCCUGUGUACGACCCCAGUUCUCAGGAGCCCAGACUUCAGGAAGAAAUUUCUGGUCCAGGUGGAUGCCUCCACAAUUGGCCUGAGAGCAGUGCUGGCCCAAGGGGACCCUGGAGAAGAGCAUCCGGUCCUAUACCUAAGCCGCAAGCUGCUGCCACGAGAGACCAACUACUCAACUGUGGAGAAGGAGGCCUUGGCCAUUAAGUGGGCACUGGAGAAACUCAGGUAUUAUUUACUAGGAAGGGAGCUUGAGUUGGAAACUGACCACCAAGCUCUCACCUGGAUCCAUUCCAUGAAGGAGCAUAACAGCCGGCUGACACGCUGGUACCUUUCACUGCAGCCUUUCAGAUUCACCAUCCGUCACAGACCAGGCAAGCUCAAUGUAGUGGCAGAUUAUCUUUCCAGGUUGCCGCACAUCGCCAACCUCCGGGUGGAAGGGGAUGAUGUGAUGGAGUUACACUGUCCCGGGCCGCAGACAGCUGAUCUGGGCGCAUACACGCACCACCACCAUUAGUUUCUACAAUUACCGUGGCUGCGCGUCUUUUCGUCGACCGGGCAGAUAAAAAGGGGUGAGAGGUAUAUUUUGAGCGGCGCAGAGGGUGGCCAACAUAUUUUUCCCGCUUACCUUUAAUAAAGCCGGUCACGUAGACUCGCUGUGAUCACCGAUUAUACGAGUGGUUAUGCAAGCCGAUGGUAUGGUGUUCCGGGGUUCAAAUAGUGGGUUCACGUGCGCUUGAAAGGUCAAGUGAACUGCAUUAUUUUUGUUUGGUUUUUUUGUUAUUGUGAAACACUGUAGGCUGCCUGGAAUUGGCCAUAAAUGUCUGUAUAUACAUAUAAAUGUAUUGUAGGAAUACAGUUGGAAAUAAGCUGAGGGGAAAAAGAGUGUUUGGGAAAAGAAAUAAUAAAGAGAUGACUAUUAUGCCUAGUGGGAGGGGCAAUGGGGUAUAAAAGAAGGCUGUCAGGGCCUACCUGAGUAUUCUGUGAGAUGUGACAGAGAGGGUAACAUGCAGACUGUGUUUUGUAUAUAGAUGUUUGGUUUGUGUUGAAUUAAGUUAGUUUUCCAUUUUCUUUGUAAAUAAUCUUUUGUGCACCUGGGAGGCCGGCAGAAUAAACUAUCCACACUGAAUGCUUCCUGACUACACCUGCAUUUGUUCGGGAGGAGUUUAGGAGAGGACCCCGCGAUCAAAGGUUUUUGUAUGAAGCAUUAAAUAAAUUUCAGUAAGUGUGUUCAAUAAGUUUUCCCUGUAAAUUAGUACUACAUUAUUAUUACACAAAACUUACACAAAGCUUAUUAACAUCUAGGGUUUAAUUUCUUCACGUGUGUGGAUUGAAUAGGUUUUUACCAACAUCUGGCUAGAACUUCAUGUUAAUAGCACCUAGCAAAUCCAAGUGUUAUUUUCCCCCCUGUAUAGUAAAAUAAGAGCCAUAAAACAGGUUAUGAAAGCAAAAAGAGAGUGCAGUAAAUAUAUAUUUUUUAAACAGAUGAAAAAAAGACAAAGGAAGGUGGACUGUGGGGUAAGAAAGAUGAUUGAUGCCUUAUAAAUGAAAUGCUAUUCCCAGUAAUGGGAAAAAGGCCAUGCCAGAAAGCAGGUCACUUAAACUGCAAAAGAAGUACUUAAGCAGUGUUGCCUGGGGCACAGUGAGCUUGACAAAACUGUUAACAUUAACCUUACAAAAUCAAAACUGGAGGGAUGACACAGGGGAAGGAAAGGGAAGCCGGAAAGAAUAUAUCGGCUUUUGUCUGCAACCUGCAGCCUCACUCCUGAAACUGGGAUGGUAUCUAUACUGGCAAACACACUACUGCGGUGGGUGCACACACAAUAAAAAGCAUCCAUGCAAACAGAUAUCUUUCCAAAUGUGCACUAUUCUAUCUUUCCAUGCAUAUCACAUGUUUGUUUGUUCUAUCAAACUCUGUACCUAAAGUAUAAGCCAAAUUGAGUCUGACAUCUGCACAUUGUUUCUUAGAGCUUAGCUUGGUUGCACUUUUUAAUUAAUGUCUCGCUAUUCUGUUGAGUGCAAUAGUCUCAUCAGCCAUGAGUAAAAAGAAAAAAAAAGGAAAAUGCCUCUGAACCAGCAUUACAGAGCAGACUUUCCCUUUGAAAUACACACAAAGCCCCUGGCAGAAAUCAAUAGGAGGAGCAUAAAAUCCACUUGCAUUUAAUUAAGAUAACUAGCACAUUCUCGUUCAUAAUCUCUCUCUUUCCUCCUCCAUCUUUCUCUCACUCAAUUUCUCUUCCUGUGCUGCUGCUCGUGUCAGUCCCCUCUGGGGGGUGAGAAAUGUUGUUGGUAGGAAUCUGGAUUUAAUCGUUUCCCAGAUCGACACUAUGUUUUUCUUCCCCUGAAGCAUGUUUCAUUCACCCACCCCCAUAACCUCCUCUUUGAAAUGUUGUCUAGGUUGUGUUCUGCAGCGGAAAAAUGUUUGCUUUACGGCAAAUGGACUACUGGGACUGAAAUCUUAACGGGUUGCAAUCCACUGUGUUGGUCUGUGGGACGGUGUCAGUGUUCUGCUUCACUGUUUGCAGAUGUAUUCUGCAGCUAAAUAAAAAAACUGCAAAUGAAAGACAGACAAUUCCUGACUUUCAUACUCUACUCUUAAUAGUGUUAUUAGUACAAUACCAAGCUGUAAGUUAUAGACUGCUUUAGAAUUCUUAUGGCAGUGUCUUGUCUCAAAUACACUGAAACAAUUAGGUUAAAAUAUUAAAUUAAAGACUAAAAAAAACAUCUAAAUCUGCAUUUGUUUGCAUUAUUUCAAAUGGAGAAAACCAACGACAGCAUGUCAGCAUAAAUACCUCAUACGACUGUCAAUGGUGGAAGGAUAAUGUUUGGCUUUGUUUUGCAGCCACAGGCCCAGGCACGCUGCAGUCAUUGACUCCAUGAUCUCUUCUGCAUGCCAAAGUAUUUUAGAUUAAAAUGUAAGGCUAUCUAAACGCUAAACUGUGCCCCAAAUAGGGAAAUGCAACAGGACAAUAAUCCCAAGAACAUCAGCAAAUUUACAACAAAACAAGGAAAAACAAAAGUGUUGCAGUUUCACAAUGAUAAAAGUCCAGAUGUCAGCCGUACUGAAAUGCUCUGACAGGACAUGAAAAGAACUGCUCAUAAACAAAUGUCCACAAACCUCAAUGGAACGCUGAAGCAACACUGUAACGAUUAUAUGACCAAAACUGCACAACAAGAGAGCACUAAAGUUAAACUGUUGAAUCAUGGGGUGUACUUUCAUACGCGGCUUGUGCAUUUUGGCUUAGUUUUGCAGGUAAAUUGUGUGGGCUGGUACCAGAGAACCCAAAAAAAUUAAGAGUGUGGUUUGUCAGUGUUUGUGUUCUCUCUCUCUCUCUCUCAGUGUGUGUUUUGCCUCUAUUUUUGUUGCCACUGCUGUUUGCUGACACGUGACCUGUGCUAGUAAGGUACAUGGCACAGUAUGGCCCUGCAUGAACAGCUUGGCUGUGAGUAGCUCGCCAGUUUGAAUCACAUGGUAAGUCGUGUAGUUCCUAGAAAACGUAUUUUUCAUUGUAUGGUGCGUGUGAUUUUUCAAAAUGUGGUAACAUAUAAGAUCAUAGGGUAAUAAGAUGAGACGUGCGUUUUCAUUUCAGAUUUGGGAAAUUAUUUGUUACAUGAUUUAAAAAUUACAUCAAAAACAACAAACAUAUUACAAAUAGCAAAUAAGUAGAAUGGUACAUAAGAUCUCUGGGUCCUAGAGCCUGUCACAGCUGCUGCCAGUCUGUCAUAGAGAUAACAGACAACCAUUCACAUAUUUUGGUCAUUUUAAACCUUUGGGAAUAACCUGGAAAGAACCCACACAGACAAGGGGAGAACAUGGAACAUGUAAACAUCGUUCCCCGCCUUCCUCCAAAGAGGACCUGGGUUUGAACUCACCAGCCUGAUGGAAACUUUCUGUAUGAAGUUUGAAUAUUCUCCCUGUAUCCGCAUCAAUCCAGGUACAAACAAAACACCAAAGUAAGAGUGAAAAAAAAAUUGUAACAUGUACAUAAGUAUUCACAGCUUUUGCUCAAUACUUUGUCGAAGCCCCUUUGGCAGCAGUUACAGCGACAAGUAUUUUUUAGUAUAACACUAGACGAAGUUUCUUCUUUGCAGAAGCUCCAUCAGGUUGGAUGGAAAAUGUCAGUGCACAGCCAUUUUCAGAUCUCUUCAGAGAAGUUCCAUUGGGUUCAGGUCUGGGCUCUGACCACUCAAGGAUGUUCACAUGAUCCUGAAGUUAAUCAUUUGUUAUCUUCACCGUGUGCUUCGGGUCAUUGUCCUCUUGGAAGACAAACCUGUCGAAGGUCUAGAGCGCUCUGGAGCAGGUUUAGAUCAAAGAUGUCUCUGUACAUCACUGCAUUCAUUUUUCCAUCUGCUGUGAUCAGUCUCCCAAAAUGCUUCAAGAUCAAAAUUCAUUUAAAAACAAACAAAGAGGCUUUUUUCUAAAUUCAUAGUGAUGAGGGUUAUCGUGUUAUCUGCAGUAAUAAAUCGAUAAUCUAUAAUCCAAAUAUACGAGGGAUCAUAUUUUGGUUUCAGCAGAUGAAAAGCAGGUCUGAGGUGCUAUCAGUGUUACAGAAAAUCAGUACAAAAAUACAUCUUACAGUGCUGAAUUGGGAAAUGAAUACUGAUGUGGAUAAAAUAAAUAAAACUGGGACUAACACUGAUCCAAUACCAAGUAACUGAUAUAAGAUAUUAGCAAGCAGAAAUAUUGCUACUUUGUUGUUAUGAAUUUAACUAAGCCAAUAAAAUAACUGCUUUCCAGGGUGCACUAACAGCAUAUUUUACCCUGAUUCCUAGAUACACUGAUAGGCCUACUCAUCAUCUACCUGCUGUCAUUGAUGCAUCGAUAUUAUUGGCUAGUCUCAGAGUCUGGCACACUUACCAGAACUCAGUCAAGCACAGAAAACCCAAAUGUCCAAGCAUCCCCCACUCCCACUUCACUGUGUCCAUGACCUGAUCUAACAGCUUCACAGGAUUUUCAGAUUUAUUUUAGAGGCCAAUUUUGCUCAGUACUGGAUCAAUGUGUGAACCUGAAUAUUUGUAUUGAUGGGCUUUCUUCAAGAUGGCACCCGUGUUUGGUUGCCGCUGCUGGUGAAGUUUUUUAUUGCCGGCCAUCGCCAUUUGCAGUGUUAUGUUUUUCUUCUGUAUGCUGUUUGAAUUCAUGGUUGACGUACAUUACGGACUCAUUGGAGAGGUAAUGUGACAGCUGGAACAACUACAGCAAAGUCUUUCCUCCUUUCUGUGUUCGUCAGUGGAGUGCUUGAUACUGUACACACCACACAGAGUUAUUAUAGAGGGUAAACAGGCAGCAUUGGAGGCGAGCUUCUUGGCUGUGGGGAGACUCCCAGCGCCUGUGGUCAGUUCCUCUCCUGUCAUUUGGCAGGUACACUGCCCUGCUGUCUGUGGCCCUGGGUCCACGGGUCGAUGGCAGAAUGGUCAUCUGGGUCUGUUUUACUGGUAGCAGCGAUGUCCUCUCAUCAGUGAUCGUUUUAUCUGUUUUAGGAGUCCAUGCAGGUUCACAGAUGUGUACAGGUGUUGAAUUCCAGUGAGCUGUUGAAUGUCCCAAUCAACGGUCACCAAUCCAGUUUCCCCUGCUUAAUGUUUUCUAACUUACAUUAUUUAUUCUAAAU